CACACUCACUCUGUCACACUGGAGAUAUGUUGUAUUCUUGUUCAUAAGAACAAACUGUGUGUGAUUACAUGAACAAUAGCAUUCAAGUUUCUUCCGUAAUGUGAUGAAUAGCCUGUUGAAACAAGUUGGUUGGAUGGCAUAUGCAGAGGGAUCAACCUUAAGUGUUUUACAACUUUAUUGACAAAUGAGAACAGGGGGAAAAUGAACAUACUUUUGCACAUACAUAUCAGCUUCUGCCUUAACUGUUUCUUUUUUAAUUUGUUGGUCCAACUUUUUAGUUUAGUAAGAGUUAACAUUUUUAAGGAAGUUAAUUUUUGAUUGAUUGAUUUUAUUUGAUUAAAUACAGUAUAGUACUAAAAUCAUCAGGAUGUCGCACCAAAGUCACGCGACUUAUUUCCAUUGCGGUCCUGAAGUCUAUGGCAGAAGAAUCUUAUAGACCAUAACAAGUUAUCAGUGUUGAGUUCUACCUUCAACAGGGAGCCACUUAAACUCUUAAAUAUGGUUUGGACUUACCAUAUAUGUGUUCUUAAACUAAGUACGACACUCGUUAGUUUGUUCUGAGCUAUUUGAAGCUUAUUCUUUGUUCUUUUAGUUGUACCACUGUACCAUGUUAUGCAGGUGUUAUCAUAGUGGUAAAGAAGUUACGAUGUAGCUAAUAUCCUGGAUUCCUUAUCAAGGAGUUUGGAUAUUCUUGCUGACACUUUGUCUUUGGAUUGACCUCACCAAAGUUUUGAGGAAGUGCUGAUUUCAAAGUGUCCUGUAGAAGCAGAGGAGGGACGUCCAUCACAACUUUACCUUCUUCCAGGCUGCAUGGAGAGGAGAAAAAGUCACUAGAAGUGUUUUUGGAGUUUUUACUUUUUCAUUUCAGUUGAGCAGAGGUGGUAUGCCACACAGAUUCUGAUGCAUCCUGAAAAUGACAGUCUCAACAAUAGCUACACAAAGCAUUGUGCAUGUGAUAUUAAUAGCACACACGUGUCAUUCCUUUUUCCUGUCUACCCCCUGCCUAGACUUCAGGACCACAAUGAAAAUAAGUUAUGUGACUUCAUUGUGAUAUGCUGAUGAAUUUUGGUACUGAAUGCACCUUUGUGUACUGUCUUUUAAUAUAGCACCAAACCACUGUUUACUGUGUAAAGAUAUAGUGGCGUAAAGGCAGCCUGAGCAGAGAAUGAAGUCAUGCUACCUCUGAGUAUGUUAUUAUCUGAGUUUCUCUGUGGUUUCUCGUGGUAAGAUGGUCCAGCUGCAUGUGCAUAUCCUGCUGGCUAGCUCCUCUGCGCUCAUAUGGCUGACCAUUGGUCCCUGCCAGUUAACAAUGUCAACACUGUUGCUGUUCUUUAGCAUUGAUUAGGAAGUUAGCACCGUUAGCUACUAGCCGCGGGCUCAGCAACCUCCACGUUGAGAACCAUGUCCAGACAGCUCAUUCACUCGUUUAUUUGUUCAUUUGUUAUGAUCCCCAUUAGCUGUGCCCUAAAGCACCAACAGUCUACCUUUAAAACAUAGAAUAAACAUGACGGUUCUCACAAAUCAACACACUUGAAAACAUACAUUGAACAAUAAAGCCCAACUCAAUUUUGCAAAGAGCUUCUUAAAUUUAGAAAAAAAUAAAAAUCAAUGAAAGCACACUGUGUGAAAUCUGUGUUGCCUUGAAGCUAAUUCUUUAUAACAUAAAAGAAAAAUUUUAAAAUGUACUUGUUAUUGAACAUACAUGCUUAAAUAAAAAAAUAAUUUCGAAGUCUGUGAUUCCUCUAUGAAUUCUACCAGGAAAACACUCAACAAGCCUUUAUUUUCUUUCUAAAAGUGGAGCUAAGUGAACAAACAUUUCAACACUUAAUCACAAUACAUUUACAGGUUCCUUGUGUGUGAGGCUCUUUUCAGUCUGGCUUCAGGUUUGAUAUCAUACACUGACUGUAAAUCACACACUGUCUGCUCUGGACAUCUCCCCGCAUCCCAUCCACAUCCCAUUGUGAUGAUCGAUCUCUUAGAAGCCUUUGAUGCGGUUAAUCCCUCUUAACUUCUAUCCAGAUGAUCUCAUAUGGGAAUAGAUUGUUCUGUUUGUUGAUGGUUUCAUGAUAGUUUGGAAAAAGGGCUGAUGUUAGUUGUUAUGUAGUAAGAGUUAAAAAUGUUUGCCCAAAGCUGAAAAUGAUGUCCUGUACCCUAACUGCAAAAGAUUGUUUUCCUAUCACAGAGGUGAUCGUUGGGUUUGGGUUCAGGCCACACAGACCUUUAAUCUUGUGUAGGGAAGUUUCUUUUGAACUUGUUUCUUGAAAACAGUGGAUUGGUUGAACCUAUAAAGGCAACACUUAAUUUACAGCACAGUUGGACAGGGGAGCUGUGUACUCGAAAUUAUCUCAUUACAGAGAGUACUGUUGUUCACAGUAGGAGACUGCCUGACAGGUGUUACUGAGGGCACAUAGACAAGCACAGUAAAGUAGGGUUGUCACCUUGCUGCUGCCAGGUAGGAUCCGCCUCUGCAGUGUAUGAUGAUUGGCCAUAAGUACAGCCUGUCAUUAUGAAUGUCCAAUUAAAUCACUGGUUGCAGAAAAUACUUAUGAUGCCUUCAGGUUCCAAAGGUCAGCGUGUGCUUUACUUUUGCUGGAUAUUUUUCCUUUGCAGGCAGGUUUCUUCUUUAAACUAUCAGAGACACAAACUGAGGAUCAUCAGACUUUGUAAUGUCAUCUACAGUAGAACAAGCAGUUUCAGAGCUGUCUGUCCCGGUGCCAUGGGGAGAGAUCAGAGGGAAAGUCUGGGGUCCUGAUCACGGUUAUCCUGUUCUGUGUCUGCACGGCUGGCUUGACAACUGCGGCACAUUCAAGACCCUCAUUCCCCUGCUACCUAAAGAGUGCAGAUAUGUCGCGGUGGACCUGGCAGGUCAUGGUUUGUCCUCCCAUCUUCCUCUUGGAGUUCUCUAUGGAGUUACUACACACAUGGUGCACGUGCGCAGAAUCGUUGAGGGUCUUCAGUGGAAAAAAUUCUCCAUCAUGGGCCACAGUAUGGGUGGCAACGUCGCUGGAAUGGUAACUAAGAUUCAUCUCAUGCAGCUUAUCACUGUUUUCACACAAUAUACAGGGACAAUUUUCCUGCUUUUCCUUGCUUGGUAUCAUAUAUGGUCCAAAUUGUGUUUCCUACAGUUCAGUGCACUGUAUCCUGAGAUGGUUGACGCUGUCAUACUGCUGGACUCUUUUGGAUUCAUAUCUACGGAUUCAAAAAACCUUUCCAAAGUGAUGAGGCAGGGGAUGGAUGAGAUGCUACACCAUGAAAAAAAGACAGAAGAGAAGAAAAGAGUUUACACUUAUGAAAAGGCAGUCGAGAGGUUGUCGGCUGCAAACCCCACUCUGUCUGAACAGUCAGUGCGCAUCCUUUUAGAGCGAGGUCUAGUUCAAGUUGAAGGAGGAUUUGUGUUCUCCAGAGACCUCAGACUUAAUUUUAAAAAUAUACCGUGCAUCAGUCCGGAGCAGAGUCUGGAGAUGCAGUCAAAGAUUCAGGCCUCUGUUCUUGUUGUUCUAGGAGACAAAGGCUUUGCUGCAACAUUUCCAGAAUCAAACCAGCAGCUUCCUUCCUCCAAACUUCUCAAAGCAUAUCGUGACAGAAAUCACACGGUGGUGACGGUAUCAGGCGAUCAUCACGUCCAUCUGAAUGAUCCAGAAGCUGUCGCUCCACUUGUGUCUGACUUUCUGCGGAACAAAGUGCUCUCACAGCAGCUGCUAGCAUAGUGGACACACACACACACACACACACACACUCAUUAAAUUUCAGUACGCUGUUCUCAUCUCUCUCAGAGAAGUCAUUAACAUAAUUCUGAUAUGUUACUAUUUGAUCAGUACUAUAAAGUUUCUUCAGGGACUUUGAAUAAUCAGAUCUAAAUAUAUUAGUAACUGAAUCCAUUAUUGCUGAAAUUGCUUCUGAUUUGAAUUUACUCCAGUUACUAAAUUUAGCUUUACACACACACACACACACACACACACACACACACACACA